GGCAAGUCAGAGCAGAGAAGGCUGGGGAGUUGUUCUUGUUCCGUCCAUGCCAGCACAAUGAACAGUGAGCUCAACUCCCCUGGAGCUGGCCUUGCCCAUGCUCUGAAGCAAGUGACAAUUUCCCUGCCACUCAAGAGGGUGUUUGUCCCUGUGGAUAAAAUGACCUUUGCUUCUGCUUAUCCGGUGAUGGACGUGCAGGAGCUCAGAGGACAGAGAAGGGUGUGAAGGCGGAGCCCUAUGGAGAGCCCAACAGUGCAGCCGUACGUUGACGUGGACAAGGGGUUUGCCAUUGGGUUUGUCAUCCUGAUGUGCUUCUUCCUGAUGGCCAUGAUCGUGAGGUGCGCCAAGCUUAUUGUGGACCCGUACAGCGCCAUCCCCACCUCCACGUGGGAGGAGGAGCAGAUCAAUUGA